AUGCAAGGUUGUAUGGCCGCCGUGUACGAAUGGGCAGACAGCUACGACAGCAAAGACUGGACCCGACUAAGCAAAUGCAUUGCUCCAACCCUGCGAGUUGACUACAGGUCAUUUCUGAACAAGAUCUGGGAGGCGAUGCCGGCAGCAGACUUCCUCGCCAUGGCUUCAGACCCCCUGGUUCUCGGUGACCCUUUGCUGCGCACGCAGCACUUCAUCGGCGGUACCAAAUGGGAGCGGGUCAGCGACGACGAGAUCAUUGGAUACCAUCAGCUCCGCGUGCCGCACCAGCGAUACACCGAUGCGUCGUUGACGAAGGUCCUGAUCAAGGGACAUGCGCACAGCGCAAACACGCAUUACUAUAAGAAGGUCGAAGGAGUAUGGAAGUUUGCGGGUUUGAACCCGGAUAUCCGAUGGGGAGAGUAUGAAUUCGAUAAGAUCUUCGAGGCGGGCAGGGAGAGUGAAGCGAUUGGUGACGAGACCAAGCUAGCGGCACAGGCACUGGGUAUCCCAGUAUCAGGCACAAGAGCGGCUCACUCGGAUGGCAUUCACGCUCAGUGA